AUGAGCCCGUUUGGCCCAUGCUUGUCGGAGAAGGGAAAGCCAACAACACACUCGAAAAAAAAACACACCCGGAAGUCCACCGCAGCCGUGCCUGAAUACCUCGCCGCCGCCCGCCCGCCGGGCGGUUCUCCAUCAGUCCUCAGCCCGCCGCCCCUCCCAGCCGCCUCCGGCUGCAUUUCCUCAGCUCGCGGGCGGUCGGUGGCGAUGUCUGGCCCCGUCCCCAACCCCCCGGCUCAUGGGCCGACGCCGGCUGCGGUGCCGGGCCCCGACUGCGAUCCCUCCGCUCGCCAACUGCCGGUUACUCCGGGGCGCGUGCCCGACGCCGGUGUCAAUCAACCGCCCUCCACGGUGCCCCGCGCCGUCGGUGAGCCCUCCGCUCAUGAACCGCCUUCUGACACAGCCUCAGCACAUACGGUAACUGCUCAAGGCGUUCACACCAAUCAUGCACCAAAAGUGGGGAUGUCAUUUCGGACAGAGAAAGAGGCGUACGAGUUCUACAGUUCCUAUGCUAGGAAUGUUGGGUUCAGUUUCCGAAAGGGCCACUCAAAAUCGAGGGCCGAUGGGACUCUUUGCUCCAAAUAUUAUGUUUGCAGCAACGAAGGGCAGCCAGUAGCGAGUGUGGCCAAGCCUGGGCGGAAACAACGCCCUUCGACAAGGUCCGAUUGCAAGGCUCGUGUUCAGUUCAAUGUUAGUCGAGAAGGUGUAUGGACAGUGCAGAAGGCUUUGCUCGAUCACAACCACUUGCUCGCAAGCCCGGGUAUGCUGCAUAUGUCCAGGUCGCAGCGCCGCGUAGCGGAGUCCGAUCGACAGAUAUUGAAUCAAAUGCGGAGAGAAGGGAUUACGGCGGCGGAUAUACAGCAGGUGUUGCAGCAGUGGUCCGGGGGAGGUGAAAAUGUGAACCUUCUCAAUAAGGGUUCUGAGAACCAGUACCUUGAACCCAACUAUGCGCAGUCACUGCUCGAGUAUCUAAAGAACAAGCAAGUAGACAACCCUUCGUUCUUUUAUGCAGUUCAGUUGAAUGACGAUGGUCGGAUAGCAAACUUCUUCUGGACAGAUGGCCAGGCUAUUGUGGACUACGCCUGUUUCGGUGAUGCCGUUUCUUUUGACACAACAUUUGAAAGAAGCAGAUUUGAAAUGCCAUUCGCUCCAUUUGUGGGUACCAACCAUCAUAAGAAAACCAUCAUUUUCGGAGCUGCAUUGCUAUACGAUGAGACUUCGGAGUCUUUCCUUUGGCUAUUUCAAACUUUCCUUACCGCAAUGUCUGGGAAGCAACCGGCAACUAUUUUGACAGAUCAAUCUGAUGAAAUAUCGAAGGCUAUUAGGGAUGUGUGUAUGAACAAAGGUCUAUUGCAUCCUUUGAUUUGAAGUGGAAGGAAAUGCUAAGUACGUAUAAUCUAGAAGGUAACGCGUGGAUGAAGAAUUUAUAUGCAAAGCGUGAAAAGUGGGCUGCUGUUUAUUGUCAUGAUUCAUUUUACGCUGACAUGAUGUCGACUCAAAGUAACAAAGGCAGAAAUAGCACGUUUGAGAAAUUUCGAAGGAAACUUUGUCUUCCAGAAUUCUUAGAAGAGUAUGAGAAGUGCAUAACUAGUCUUCGCCACAAUGAACUUGAAGAGGAUUAUAAGUCACGCCGUACCAACCCAGUUCCUUAUUUUCAUGACUUACCUAUGUUGAAAACAGCUGCUGUAUCGUAUACAAGAAAUUUGUAUUCUGAUUUUGAAGAAGAAUUCAAAAAGUCGUUAACUCAGACUUGUACAUUGCUGUCGCAAGAUGGGACAAUUAGCACUUACAAGUUUAUGCCUGCGAAUUGCGAAGGAGAAGCAUACGCUGUUUUCAAUUCUGACGAUGUGACUAUAUCAUGUUCUUGCAAAAUGUAUGAGCGCACAGGUAUCCUAUGCAAGCAUGCGCUAAGAGUCUUUAACCUUAGCAAUGUUUUUGAAUUGCCAUCUCACUAUAUAUUUAAAAGAUGGACGAAACAUGCGAAAGCUGGAUUGUUCUGCUGCAGAGCCAGUGACCAAAGUGGCGCAGAAAGUGUUAUGUCAAGGUGUGCACGUAUUUCUCAGAAGGUACAUUCAGCUGCACUGAGAAGUUCAAUGUCUGACGAUGCACUUCAGCUUUUGGAGAGUGGUGUAGAUAGGCUGCUUUGGGAAGUAGAAAAUUCAUCCAGUUCGACGAACUUAGAUGGGAAUGAUAUUCGUCAAUCUCUUGAGUCAUGAUUUUUGCAAUGGUGCAAGGACAGCAGAAAAUUAUUAGAUCGUUCAGGGACCUGCACACUUUCUCAGAGGCAUGAAAGUGUAAUGUCAAGGUGUGCAAGUAUUUCUCAGAAGGUACAUUCAGCUGCACCGAGAAGUUCAAUGUCUGACGAUGCACUUCAGCUUUUGGAGAGUGGUGUAGAUAGGCUGCUUUGGGAAGUAGAAAAUUCACUUUCUCAGAGGUAUGAAAGUGUUCUAGAGGAGAAACGAGCAAAAGAAAUGCACUGAUGGAAAAUAAGGAAAACUGAAACAAAUGUAAUUGUUCCAACCCGUUCGAUAUGGUGCAUCUUCUGGAGUUCUUAGCAUAGCAUUUGUGCUCACCCACAGCAGCUUCUGCGAAUCUCUUUACUUGGCGAUGAUGGCUGAUGACCAACAUUGUACCAACAUUUCUGUUGCAGUGUUCGCUCUUAUAGCUGUGAGCAAUGCAGUAUCUGAUAAUACUGUAUUUUAAUAUGUAGAUUGUCAUGCCAGUGAAAACAAGGUCCAGAUCCCAUUCCUCCAACUUUGUUGCUUCGUAGUUCUUACUGGGUAUCUGGAUCUGUAAAAUGUUCUCUGUCUACUCUCUGUAACAGUAAUCUGAGGACGACUAACUUCCUACAACUUAAUUUUCAUACUAAUUUCCUAUAUUUUCCUUUUUGUGUA